AUGUACGAGCACCCAAUGUCUGACCCUCGGUACCGGUAUAACUCAGGGCGUCGCUCCCCUACGUUCAACCCGGCAAGGGCUUCCUUGCCUAUCGGCGUCGGGUACGGCGCUUCGUAUACCGGAGAUAUCCAUGCUGUUCCGACCGCUCGCUACGAUGCGACUAUUCCUCGGCGACAGGGCGAGGGUCACCACCGGGCGCCGACUACCACGACUAUCACGACAUACAACGUCACGAAAGAGCCUCUUACUCGAAACGCCAGCACCCGUGAUCAGAGCCGGACACGACAUCGGUCAUCCACCAUCGAUACAGGCUCCGUGAAGCCCAUCAUCGUCACUACGAACCACUCCCGCCCUCAUGAUUCCGGGACAUCGCACAGGUCUCGCAGACCGGAAAGUCCAAACAGAGAUCCUUACCGAUCCAGUGAGGAGACAUACUACAGCCAACCGGCAUCAUCCAUUCGGGCACGGAGCCACAACAGACACCAUAGUGCGAGCAUUGACAACGACGAGUUCUACCGAGCGAGGGAACGGUUAGGAGGCGAUGAUCGUCUCCGCGCACCAGCCCGACCGCAUAGUCGCGGCUCCAUGUACGUCAAUACUCCAAAGGGUAGCAUUGCCGACUUUGCGGUCGACGAUUACGAGUACACGAAACCGAGCGAUCUGGCAAGGUAUGAUCUGGAUCACGACCGGCCGCGAAGCCGUAGCAGGCGCGAUAGUUUCGACCGUGGAGCGAAUUACUACCGCCCAUCUGUCGUUGUGAGCAACGAUAUUGGUGGCCGUCCUGAUGGAAGACGGGCCCCUCCAACAUCCGGUGCUCUUGACCGAUACAACAAGCAUGCCGCGUCUGGUAUAUAUGAUCGCCCUGCACUUGCUAUGCCUGCAUUGCCUGCAGCGCCUAUCCCACCACCGCCCAUCGACCCUGCCCGCCGGUCAGGCACUCUUGAUGUACCGGCCAGUCCAACUAUUGACCGCCGGAGCUCGCGACCGCGACCUGUAUCACUUUAUCAGGAUGCUCCUCCCCGCAUGGGCCAAUUGGAUGAUAUGUUCCGUCCUCGGGAUGACGAAAGGAUACACAGGGACCACCGACGGGAUCGCGGUGACGAGUUUGCGCGUGAUGAUACCAUUGCAUCGCGCGGCUUCGGGCUGCGUCCCGAACUGAUGGACCACGCAGAAAGCCGGCGGCCUGUCGAACCAGAGCGGCGGGAUCUCGAGGAUCGUCGUCCACGCAGAGACGAGUCUCGCGAACCAAAGCGUAGAUCGGACGAGGACCUGGAUAAGCUUCGCGGCCGUCAUGAACGAAGACCGUCUGAGCUUAGAGAUCGGCCAGCUCGGGUUGAGGAGAGCCGAGACCGGAAAGAGAGCAAGGGAGAGAAGGUGCGCGACAAGGUUGUUGCCGGCCUUGGCGUUGCGGCUGCCGCCAUUGGCCUCGGUGCUCCCAAAGACAAGGAAGAGGAUCGAGAUGCGAAAAUCUCCCCACGGCGGCAUAGAGACUCUGAUCUCGAACAUGAAGCUCUCGGCUCCCGUGCUGCUGAACGCUACAAACCACGCGAGACAGAUAAUGAGCGCAAGUCACCACCACGCGAGGAACCAAUUGUUGUAGAGUCACGACGCGACGCGCCGAGAGAUAAGGUCAGCCCAAGAGACGAGUCUACCUCUCGUGAACGUGAAAGAGAAAGGGAGAAGGCAAAGGAGCGAGACCGUGACCAUGACCGGGAACGCGAGAGGCAACGCAAUAGGCGAGACGCAGACCUUCAGUCCAGCAGGCCCAAGGAUGGCGGAAAAGAUAACUCUGACCAUUCAGACGACUCCGCCGGAGGCACCAGUCGGCGACGCCGUCGUGCUUCGACUGCGUUCAACCCGAAUGAUACCAAGGGUUUGAUGGAUCUCAAAGCUCUACUAGCUGCCAUGGAUGAUAACGGCAAGCCAAGAGAAAAGGACAGGUCUACACCGAAGGAUCGCACAGAAGCUACCAACAACGCUUCCACUGCGGCGUCGUCUGCUUCUGAGAAGCAAGCCGUUUCAAGGCGGGACCUCGACCGGGCGCGAGACGAAUCAAGAGGUCGAGAAAUGGCUGCCGAGGCUGAGCAAAAACAGGUUCGCGUUGUAUCACCACCCCGGGACAAGGGGGACUCAAGACCCAUCAAGGGUAUACUGAAGCAACCCACCUCUCAGUUCCCUGAGGAUACGAAUCCUGUUCGCGAAGGCGUUGCUCCUCACAAGGACGACAAGACCAAGAAGGAUGUGCCUUCUGGUGCUCGCUGGACCAAGAUCAACCGACGUGUCAUUAACCCGGAGGCAUUGACCAUUGGCAAAGAAAGAUUUGAGGUCAGAGAUGACUUCGUGAUUGUCCUUCGUGUCUUGAGCAAGGAGGAGAUUCAGGCAUAUGCCACGGCUACUGCUCAGUUGCGAGAAAUGCGGCGAAAGGAGUUCGAGCAAGAACAUGGUGGUGAUCGAGAACAGGAGGACCGUGGGCGCGACCGUGACGAUGAGGAGCGACGUCGUCGCCACCGGCGUCGCGAUGAGGAGGAGCGGGAACGCCGUGACCGGGAGGCUGACCGGGACCGUCACCGUCGGCAUCGCCAGGAUGACACGCAAGAAAAUGACCGUCCGCGAGCCAUUGAGUACGAUGACGGCAGCCGCCAUCUUCCCCAUCGCUCGCACCGCGACAGGGACUUGGAGACAAUCGCUAGCAGCACCGAUGACAGGCGAUGA